AGCGUGCCAAACUUUUACGCGGAGCGCCCCGGGCGCCCGAGGCUGAAUGCAGAGCGCCCAGCAGCGCCUUUCCCCCAGCGCUCGCCCGCCGCGGCUGCCGCUGCCCGCAGAUGGGGUCGGCGGAGGGGCCGUCGUGGGACCCCCUCCCAAGCCAUUGACUUCGUUUCUCAUCCAGGACAUCCUGCGCCAGAGCGACGCCGGGGAGGCUUCCAGCGCGGAGCCGGAGGCUGGAAAGACCGCGCGCCCGCUGCGCCCCAGCGGAGCUUCUCCCGGGGGGACCGCGCCGAGCGAUCUUCUCCUCCCUCUCGGAGCCCCCCGAGCUUCCGAGACGGAGGCAACAGAUCCAGAUGUCCAUCAGCCAAACUGUGAGCCUUCCUCCAAACCCUUCAUGAGGACCCCCAAACAGCUGAAGCGUUCCCGGGCGGCCUUCUCCCACAGCCAGGUCAUUGAGCUCGAACGGAAGUUCAGCCACCAGAAAUACCUUUCGGCCCCUGAACGAGCCCACCUCGCCAAGAACCUGAAGCUCACCGAAACCCAAGUGAAGAUCUGGUUCCAGAACAGAAGAUAUAAGACCAAGAGGAAACAGCUGGCCUCCGAGCUUGGAGAACUUGAGAAAAACUCGCCUCUCCCAGUCUUCAGGGAGAACCAUUUCUCUAGGGCUACCCUAGCACUUUCUGUAUAUCACACCUAUCAGUACAAUCCAUAUUUAUGUUAUCUCAAUAGUUGGAGCCCAGUCUUUUGGUAAAUAAUGCUGUCAGUGGCCCAGGUCUCUCAGGGAUUUGUAUGUCUUCAUCCACUGCCACCACCCACUCCCCGCUAACUUUGCUACCAUGAAAUUGGUUGCCCAGGUAGAGAGAUGUGGGUCAACCUGUUUCCUCUGUCAUUUCUCGAGUCGCUGCUGGGUGUCCUCUUCUCACUAUCCAUGCUGAGGGAUUAUCCAAAGAACAGUCAGGGAUGCAAUAUUGAUGGCUCUCUCUAUUUUCUCAAUGCUAGGCCAUCACCCGUUCGCACAGGUAGGGAAAGGAUUAGGGCACCCUGACAAAUGCAUGAAAACGUGAAAGCCCAAAGCACCACUUUCCAGAAUAAGCUAAUAACUCUGGAGAGUGAUAAUAACAAAGACGCCAGUGAGGCAGAAUCGGACAACGUAGCCGUUUUAUCAGUCUUUUUAGAACCUGGAACCUCCACCAUAAAUGCAAUUGGGCAUAGAACGGGGGUCAAACUCGAUUUUAUUGAGGGCCGCAUCAGGGUUGUG